AAAAAAAGCGGAGAAAAUGAAGUAUGGAAAAUUAUAUAAAAAAGACAAACCGAAAAGUCAUAGGAUCAGACGCAACGCUAGCUCUUAAAAUUGUCUAAAUCUGGGUUUGGUUCUGUUCUGAGCUAAGAUAAGUAUUGCUUGGUCGAAGUUCGAUUAUCACUUGUGAUCGGAUAAAAAUGGUGGAGGAGAAGUCCAAUAUUGCAAAAGAUGUCACCGAAUUGAUCGGCAAUACACCAUUGGUUUACCUCAACCAUGUUACCGCCGGUUGUGUUGGUCGAGUUGCUGCGAAGUUGGAGAUGAUGGAACCCUGUUCUAGCGUCAAGGACAGGAUUGGUUAUAGUAUGAUUAAAGAUGCAGAGGAGAAGGGUCUCAUUACUCCGGGUGUGAGUGUUCUUGUUGAGCCAACAAGUGGCAAUACCGGCAUCGGAUUGGCAUUUAUGGCAGCUGCGAAGGGCUAUAAAUUAAUAAUUACAAUGCCUGCUUCCAUGAGUCUUGAAAGAAGAACUAUUCUCCGUGCUUUUGGAGCUGAGCUAGUUCUCACAGAUCCAGCCAGGGGCAUGAAAGGAGCCCUUUCAAAGGCAGAAGAGAUAGUAAACAAGACACCGAAUGCAUAUAUGCUUCAGCAAUUUGAAAACCCUGCCAACCCUAAGAUUCAUUACGAGACUACUGGACCAGAGAUUUGGAAAGCCUCUGGUGGGAAAGUUGAUGCUUUUGUUUCAGGGAUUGGGACUGGAGGUACAAUAUCAGGGGCUGGAAAGUAUCUUAAAGAGCAAAACCCUGACGUUAAGCUAAUUGGUGUAGAACCUGUUGAAAGUGCUAUUUUGUCUGGAGGAAAGCCUGGUCCACAUAAGAUCCAAGGAAUUGGCGCUGGAUUCAUCCCUGGAGUUCUGGAGGUCAAUCUAAUUGAUGAAGUUGUUCAAGUAUCAAGUGAUGAAGCUAUAGAAACUGCUAAGCUUCUUGCACUUAAAGAAGGCUUGUUGGUAGGGAUAUCAUCUGGUGCUGCUGCUGCUGCUGCAGUUAAGAUAGCACAAAGGCCGGAAAAUGCUGGAAAGCUCAUUGUUGCUGUGUUUCCCAGCUUUGGGGAGCGUUAUCUAUCCACUGUGCUGUUUGACUCUGUCAAGAGGGAGGCAGAGAGUAUGGUUUUCGAGCCCUGAAGAAGUGUUUCCUAUCUAUUCAAAAGGAACCAUGAAUAUUCAUGCGCAUGAGGCAAAUAACAUGGUUGGGAAGUUGCGUUGGCUUUUGAGUUUGGCUAUUUUUACUUUAGAUAAUUUUUAAUAAAUACGCAAUAAACAAUCUAAUGAGUUCUUGUUUGAUGUUGUAAAGUUUGGUUGGUAUCAGCUGUUAGAGGUAACAGCUGUGUACAUGUGGACAAUCUUACUCGUUGCUAUGAAAUAUUAAAGAAUGGUUGUUUCUCCUUGGAAAA